CUGCUUGGUAACGGGCUGCCAGAACAGAGAGAAAGGCAGAGAGCAGGGCAGCGGUUUCUUGACGUCAGGACCAAGCGAGGGGAUCGCACCGGCAACCCCGGCCCGCCUCACUGUUCGCUUGGCCGACGGCGCGAGAGCAGCCCCAUGCGGGGCACCCACGGAGUGUGAGGAGGGGGCUCGGGAGCGGGUCGACAGGGGCGCAGCAUGCCCCCGGCUCCGGGGCCAUGGAGAUCGCCCUGGUGUCCCUGGAGAACGGCGGGGCCAUGACCGUCAAAGGAGGAGGUGAGGCCCGGGCAGGCUGUGGCCAGGCCACGGGAGGAGAGCUCCAGUGUCCCCCGACGGUUGCGCUCCGCGAUGGACCCAAAGAGCCAGCGCCGAGGGGUUGCAGAGUGCAGAGGAGCGCAGACCCGGGAAGGCGGCCUUUGCCUUCUCUGCCCCCGUCCAGACAGCUGCCUCCGGUGGACGAGGAGGGAGAAGGCGACCCCACGCUGGGCAUGGAGGAGGACCAGGCGCCGAGCGCCGGGGCCCUUCACCACCAGCGCAUCUUCAUCAACAUCUCUGGGCUGCGCUUUGAGACGCAGCUGGGCACCCUGGCGCAGUUCCCCAACACCCUCCUGGGGGACCCGGCCAAGCGCCUGCGCUACUUCGACCCCCUGAGGAACGAGUACUUCUUCGAUCGCAACCGGCCCAGCUUCGAUGGCAUCCUCUACUACUACCAGUCCGGGGGCCGGCUGCGGAGGCCGGUCAACGUCUCCCUGGACGUGUUCGCAGAUGAGAUUCGCUUCUACCAGCUGGGGGACGAGGCCAUGGCGCGCUUUCGGGAGGACGAGGGCUUCAUUAAAGAAGAGGAGAAGCCCCUGCCCCGCAAUGAGUUCCAGCGCCAGGUGUGGCUUAUCUUUGAAUACCCGGAGAGCUCGGGGUCUGCACGGGCCAUCGCCAUCGUCUCGGUCUUGGUCAUCCUCAUCUCUAUCAUCACCUUCUGCUUGGAGACCUUGCCUGAGUUCAGGGAUGAGCGCGAGCUGCUCCGCCACCCCCCGGUGCCCCACCAGCCUGCUGGGCCGGCCCGGGGAGCCAACGGCAGCAGAGCCCGGGUGCCUCCCUCAGGCCCAACGGUGGCGCCGCUCCUGCCUCGGACCCUGGCGGACCCCUUCUUCAUCGUGGAGACCACGUGUGUCAUCUGGUUCACCUUCGAGCUGCUUGUGCGCUUCUUUGCCUGCCCCAGCAAGGCAGAGUUCUCGCGCAACAUUAUGAAUAUCAUCGACGUGGUGGCCAUCUUCCCCUACUUCAUCACCCUGGGCACCGAGCUGGCAGAGCCACAGCCAGGGGGCGGAGGAGGGGGUGGCCAGAAUGGGCAGCAGGCCAUGUCCUUGGCCAUCCUCAGAGUGAUCCGCCUGGUCCGGGUGUUCCGCAUCUUCAAGCUCUCGCGCCACUCGAAGGGGCUGCAGAUCCUGGGCAAGACCCUGCAGGCCUCCAUGCGGGAGCUGGGCCUGCUCAUCUUCUUCCUCUUCAUCGGAGUCAUCCUCUUUUCCAGUGCCGUCUACUUCGCGGAGGCUGACAACCAGGAGACCCACUUCUCCAGUAUCCCAGAUGCUUUCUGGUGGGCAGUAGUCACCAUGACCACGGUGGGCUAUGGGGACAUGAGGCCCGUCACAGUAGGGGGCAAGAUCGUGGGCUCACUGUGUGCCAUUGCUGGGGUCCUCACCAUCGCCCUGCCGGUGCCUGUCAUCGUCUCCAACUUCAACUACUUCUACCACCGGGAGACGGACCACGAGGAACAGGCAGCCCUUAAGGAAGAGCAGGGCAGCCAGAACCAGGGCACAGGAACGGACAGCAGAGGCCAGCGGAAGGCCAGCUGGAACAAGGGGUCCUUCUGCAAAGCUGCGGGGUCCCUGGAUAAUGCAGAGGGAGCCCGAAGGGGCAGCUGUCCCCUAGAGAAGUGUAACCUCAAGGCCAAGAGCAAUGUGGACUUGAGGAGGUCCCUGUAUGCCCUCUGCCUGGACGCUAGCCGAGAAACAGAUUUGUAAGGACUGAUGACAGUGGAGUGGGGACAGCAGAAGCCUCCUAAACCUGGGUGUCUACUUUAUACCACAGAGUAUUUCAGACCCACCUGUAACCUAAGUCUGUCCCUCUUCCUUUCACUCCUUCCCUCCCUCCUUCUCUCUCUGGAUCCCCCCAUUUCCCUCUUCUUUCCAUGACACCAAGAGUCGCCUAUUUUUAAAAAGUACCACAUUCCAUGACGCAGGAGCUGUUGAAAUGGUGAGCACUAUGAGAUGGAUGUAUUUGUAGCCAGUUUCCUAUACUCAGCUGAGGAAUAACUCAAACAAAAAUGACUUUAAAUAGCCCAGAUCCCAAGAGAUUUUUGUAACCCCCCCCCCAAACAUCCAUGUGUUCCAAAUUUGCUUAACAUAUGAUUAUAUUUGUGUGUGUGGGGGAGGGGGGUAUGAUUUUUAUGGCUGGUGAGUGGAUUUUUGUACUAUAGUUCAGAUGGAGAUAUUUUGGAUAUAUUUUUAAGACAUAUGUCAUAUUUAUGGAAGAGAGAGUUACUGUGAUGUUUUUCUGUGAUACUUAUAUUAGAGGCAGAGACUCUGGUUAUGGCCGUUCUGGUUCCUGUGUCUGCAAACCUCUCUCUUUUCUGGGAUGUGGUAAUGGUGCUUUGUGUCUAGGGCAGGGAAUGUUCUGGAAGAAAGGCAAGUCUGACUUUUUCUGUGCGCCUUAAACAAUUCUUGUAACUUUCUUCAAAAGGCAUUUUAAUGAUGCUGGAGGAAGACUUCUGAUAAUUCAUGCUCUUUAUUUUUAUCCCAGGAAAUAAAAUGUUACUUGGUUGAGGCAA